CUGCUGAUCUUUUCUCUCUAGUCUAGUUGCAAACUUCCAAAGGAAAGGUUUCGAUCUUGUUCUCCAUUGUUAACUCAGAAGCACUGUUCAGGAGGAAUUUUAUCCUAUUAGUAAGCUUUGCCUGAUAUUUGGCUUUAGUUUCUUUUUAAUUACUUUUGCUGUUGUGUAACAAAGUCUGGGCAUCCACCUAUGUCUUUAAAAAGAUGUGAUGUUAGAAAAAGAGAAAAUAAAUGUUGUUAUUAUAGUGGAGGGUGCUUUUUUAGAAACACCUUUUGGAUGACGAGCAGCCGAUAACCUGUGUAUAGCAGUCAGUCUAAGAGCAGGAGAAGAGGAACUACCCCAAGGCCAAGUAAUGGGUGCAAAUCUUUUUGGAGGGGGAAGGCCACAUAAAACUCUGACAUCCAUGCAGAGCAGAAGGGACUCUGGCAUCUCUUACAGACUCGACAAACUACUAAGUGAGCUGGAGGGAAUGCUCAGCAAAUGAAUUUGGGGGUGCCUUUGAGAUUCUACUAAUGAUUUGUUCUUUACAUACCACCUUCAAAGCACCCCACUACUGUAGCCAUGCCUAGAUGCUUUUGUGACUUAAGCAGAGCUGCACUCGAAGCAUGUCAGGGUGCUGUGCUUCUGGAGCAAGCACAGUCAGCAUCUGGAACCUGUCCUCAAAAGCAAAGAUACUCCCUCAAACUUGAUGUCAAAGAUGGCAAGAUCUACAAUGAACAGAACUUCUUCCAGCGAGCUGCGAAGGCAGGCACAGUGGAGAAGUGGAAGAAGUGGCACUCUGUGCCGUUGCUGGGAAUCCCCAAUUGUGUUGGCUUUGGACUGCAUGCAGAUAGCUACAGGUUUUUGGUGUUCUCUGACUUAGGGCGAACUCUUCAGUCCGUCCUGAAUGAUAGCUUACACCUGCUGAGGGAGAAGGCAGCUUUUCAGAUUGUAGUCCGGCUGCUAGACUGCCUGGAGUACAUUCAUGAAAACGAGUACGUGCAUGGGGACGUCACGGCUGAGAACGUCUAUUUGAACCCAGCAGACCUCACACAGGUGACCCUAGCAGGCUAUUGCUUUGCGUUCCGUUACUGCCCGGGAGGGAAGCACGUGGCUCAGCGCGAAGGCAGCAGGACCCCUCAUGAAGGCACGAUAGAGUUUAUCAGUCUGGACAGUCACAAGGGAGCAGGACCAUCUCGCCGGAGUGACUUGCAAUCUCUGGGCUACUGUCUUCUGAAAUGGCUCUGUGGCUUCUUGCCCUGGUCUGAUGAACUGGACAAAGUAGAAACUGUGGUGGAAAAGAAGGAAAAGUACAAAGGGGAUGUGAUAUGCCUUCUCCGGCUGUGCUUCAGGCAGAGAUCCAUUCCAGAUGCCCUACAGAGCUACCUGCAGCAAGUAAUGGCACUAGAGUAUGAGGAGAAGCCUGACUAUGAGGCCCUGCGGCAGCUCUUCAAGAAGCCACUGGAAAAAGCGAAAGCUUCAGCUUAUGACUCUGUGGAUGUCAAAAUGGUGCCCUAAAUCGAGAAAACUUGCACAGGAAGAGUUAAAAGCUUUCUGCAGUGUGUGGCCUUUCCCACAGAUAUUUAACUUUUACCUACCUGUUUUAGAACUGAGAGAGGUUUUUAUAAGUGUUUUCUUCCAAUUUUAAUAUGACCUAAUGCUGAAUUUUGAGCCACUGCUGUAACAAGUUAACGUGAAGACACUCCUGCAUGGCAAGUCCUUGUAAGCAGUAGCUGGAGAACGGCAGUGUCGCCACUGGGAGAAGGGUGAAGCCUGGCACAGAAAAACUAAAUCAGGGAAUUUUUUUUUUUAACUACAGUAGCAUUACAUAGUUUUGUAAUAAACUUUGUGGACAAGCACCCAAGGCUGCUGUUAGUUAUUUGGCAUGUUCGAGGCCUUUCUGUAGGCUCACUUUCUGGGGCUGCUGUAGAGUUGUGACAGUGGUUUGAGCCCUAUUUGUGCAGGGUGUUCUCCCAGCUGCUCAUGUUAACACAAAUAGCCUACAGGCAGGCCCAUCUGCAACUUAAUCAUAAUCCCCAAACACCUCAUCAGUUCUCCAAGCCCCAGGUCAGGGGGAUACCAGUCAUUGAAGUAAGACAGGGAGCCAUUUAUAUUAAAAAAAGUUUUAUAAAAAAGUCACUACACUCUGUGUGUGUAUCUGAACUGUUGCCAUCUGCCACAGUAACUUUUAAACAAAGGAGGAGUCAUGGAGUCCAGUUCCAGUGUUAAAUUCAGUGACAUCUCCUGGAAGUCUUGUACCUUGGUAUUUCAAUG